AAAAGGCCUCUGCGCUAUAUGUUUUACCAUAUUAAGAUAUAUAAUUACUUAACACAAAAGUUAAAAGGUGUUUAUGGAAACAAAGUUAUAUUAGAUAGCAUUUCAGACGCUAUUUUCAAAUAUUUGGAUGUAUUCGCUAACUUUUUGGGACCGAUUCUUGUAUUUCUAGUCAUCCUUUUGAUAUCAUGGAUAGUUGUGAUAUUUUAUUUAUAUUUUUUUAAUGAAAUUCUCAGAUCAAGACCAUUUUAUUACUCUAUUGCUUCACUCCUUUUGGGCCAUUAUUUUUUAUUCAUGAUCAUUUUUUAUUACUACAAAGCCCUUAAAACAUCCCCUGGUUAUCUUCCAAAAUUACAUGCUAAUAUAGAUUAUAACACUUGCAAAAAAUGCAAUAACAUCAAACCUGAGAGAGCACAUCACUGUUCACUCUGUAAAAAAUGUGUGCUUAAGAUGGAUCACCAUUGUCCUUGGCUAAAUACAUGUGUGGGACACUAUAAUCACAAAUAUUUUUACCUUUUCAUGGCAUACACAGCUGCUGGAUGUCUUUAUGUAGCCUUUGUCAUUUAUCCAUACUUCAUUAACUAUAUUGUAUCAGAGUUUAUUUGGGGGUAUCAAUUUGUUCCGAACUAUUUUAAUGUGACCCGCACUUUCUCUGAUCUCAAUUUACAUCGAAUUUUAAAACUAAAUAUGCCACCUAAAGAAGUAACCUACGAAUUAUUGAGGGAAUCCGAACUCGUCCGAAAUCUAAUAGCCAUCGAAUUUCUUUUACCCCUAGCUGUCGGAAUUUCUUUACUUAUCUUGCUCAUAUGGCAUUCCAUUCUCAUCAGCCGGGGUGAGACUAGUAUAGAAUUUCAUCUCAACUGUGAUCGGAGGUUUCAAUUGAAAAAAUUCAACCAAUCAUUUCCUGGUCAGAAUUGUCGAUACGUCAACCCAUACGAUUACGGCUUUAUCAAUAACUGGAAAAUAUUUCUCGGUUCCAAUAAAUUUAAGAAUAUAUUCUCAAGCAUAUGUUUGCCUUUAACUAAUCGUGUAAUUGGUAAUGGGAUGGAUUGGAAACCCCUUUAUAUGAUGCGUUAUCUACAUUCCUCAUCUAUGUCUGAAGGCUCCCAAAGUUUUGAGAUUCCUGAUUGGUCAAAUUAUUCAGCCUCAAACGGGUUUAGCAAAAUCGGGAGAAAAGAUGAUACUCGUCAUUUACUUAUAAAAAUCGUAUAAAAUAGCGGGAAAAAAUAUUAUAAAAAAUUUAUUUAUUUUAUUAGCCAUUCUAUGUUUAAUAUCAGUUUUCAGUCAUUAGAUUGUAUUUUUCUUAUCAAAUUAAAAGGCAUUCUCUAUUUUUUUAAAAUAAUUACAAUUGUGCAAAUAUUAUUUAUAUUUUUAUUAAAGCUUUGAGGUUUGGUUACCUUCACCGCUUAAGUUUUACUUCUACUUUUAAAUUUUCAAAAACAAUUUAUUGAAUAUUAUAAAAACAUUUUUGCAGGUAAACCACAUUUGAUUCAAUUUAAAUAUUUCACUUAAUUCUGACCACUCAACUUAUACGCAUUCCCAUCCCUUGUUUGUUAUAAUAUAAAUUAAAUAUUAUUUUUUAUUAAUGAAAUUAUUAACGACUUUGCACCCUUUUUCUAUUUUCUUUUCAACAAAAAAAUUAUAAGGAUAUGCCAUAAGUUUUAACAUGUUUCAGAAGUAAAAUAGAAUGAAUUAAUUGAAAACCCCACCAACUAGUCAGAUAGUUAAACGGCUCAAAUAUGAAAUAAGCUAUAAAUUUAAACAACUUUAACGCUAUCUAUGGAAUAUAAUAUAUUAAAAGAAUAGGAAUCAGUAAAAAUAGUAUAUUUAAACAUAAACAGCUUAAUUUGUAAUAUUUUGUUUUGCUUGUAAUUAUUUAAGCCAA